UGCAAAACACAGAAUUCAUAGUUUUCAAGUUUUCUCUCUGAUUGUUGUCCUCUAGUUAGAGCUUUUGAUUGAUAAAUGCAUUGAGUUCUUUCACUUUUAUUGUGUGGAAAAGAUAAAGUCAGCCAUCUGCCUUUCAGUGUAGACAGCCGCAUCUUAAUCCAGAUUAUGGCUGCAGCAUAAACGUUUUUUUCUUUUUUCUGGCCGCCAUUACUAGUCAACAGUGUGUCCUUGAUAACAGACAGGCAGGUCGGUUAGCCUAGCUCCAAUUAGACCACCAACAAUCCAUCUGAGGGACCUCUCUGCCGGAAACUAAGGAACUUCACCAAAAGAUUUCAGGAAAUCGCAAUUUGACGUCAAUCUAGAGACUCCAACAGGGUAAAAAAUGGCAUUUUUAAUUAAAAGUAUGGUGGGAAACCCACUGAAGGGAAUGGGAUUUGGAGGAGGAGAGGAAAAGGCUGAGGAGGAGACCCCCAAGGACCCCGCAGCGGCCGCCGGUAUGACUAGAGAAGAAUAUGAGGAGUACCAGAAGCAGGUAGUGGAGGAAAAAAUGGAAAGAGAUGCAGACUUCUUGCACAAGAAAGCAGAGAGGGCCACUCUGAGGGUUUGUCUACGAGAAAAAUACCGACUUCCUAAAAGUGAGCAGGACGAGAACAUGAUCCAGAUAGCAGGAGAUGACGUGGAUGUUCCCGAGGAGCUGCUGAAGAUGGUGGAUGAGGAUGCCACGGAGGAGGAGGAGAAGGACUCCAUCCUGGGGCAGAUGCAGAACUUACAGAACAUGGACAUGGAUCAGAUAAAAGAGAAAGCCAGUGCUACACUGACCGAGAUCAAGUCCAAGGCUGAGGAGAAGUGCUCUGUCAUGUAGUGGUUUUUAACACAUUCUCACAUUUCUACAAACCAGGUCAGGUUUUUGAUGCAGUUUUGAUACAAAAACCAGGUCAGGUUUUUGAAAUACAGUUUUGAAAAACUUUUUGUUUUUGACAUGUCUUCAAAUGAAAUUUCAUGUGAAACCAUGUCAAAAGAAGUCACCCACGUUUUUAGUUCCCAAAAGCUGCAAGAUCUGGCUCUAGAUCAGCUUUUCAGCUUCUCUUGCUUGGCUCCCAGUUAUGCUGCUGGACUUUUUCUUUUGUUUGUGUUGUUUGAAUAACUGAUGUUGUAGUCUAUUCCCUCCUUUUCCUUUUUUUUUUAAAUUACCUGUAAUAUUAUAA